ACGCAUGCGCCGGGGCCCGGGAAAGCGUUCUCUGGUCUGCGGGCUUGGAUUGGUUGAGCCUUGGUGGUCCCGCCCCGCGUGCCGGAAACUCUCUCGACGCGGAGGUCUCCCGAGUUUCCGGGGCUCCUGCGCAUCUCGAUUUCCUCAUCUGUAAGUUGGAGAUAAGCCAUAUACCUGACUCGGGCUCAUUGUGAGGAUGGAGAUGACGUGAAUGUGUAUGGCACAUGGACUUCAAUAAAUGUACAUUGCCUUCUGCUGUUAAGAGCUGUAAAGAUGUCUGACCAGAAGCAGGUAGCUGCCAAAGCCUCCCUUAUUGAGCAUCUGAUGUCUAAAAGGAAUUUUGAGGAUCUUGGCAACCACCUUACUGAGCUAGAGACUCUUCACGUGACUAAAGAGCAUCUCCAGGAGACCGUCGUGGUCAGGGCUGUGUACAGAGUCCUCAAAAACUGCCCUGUGGUGGCUUUGAAAAAGAAAGCCAAGCGUUUGCUGUCAGAAUGGAAAGCUCUUUAUAAGGAUCUCCACUUCAAACCAAGGGACAGCCCUGAAUCAUUCCCUACGGGCAGAAACUCCAGACUUUCUCAUGACCCAAGUCAGGAUGAGAUAUCAGGCGGCUGCAGUUCUAAUUCAUCACCCCACGAUGUUGCAGGAGCCAUUGAAUCACUUGUGCCUGAAAAUAGCACGAGUCAGAUGGAGCCCGGGGAGGAGCAUUUCAGGGGUGGUGACCCAGAAUCCACUGACCAGAGAUCCACUGAGUUGCUGGAUCCCACAGUACCUGUGAGAGCUAAAUGCACAGAGCUUCUCUAUGAAGCUUUAACGAGUUCUUGCACAGAUCAGCCCAAAGCUGAUUUGUGGCAAAACUUUGCAAGAGAAAUUGAAGGGCACAUUUUUACCCUUCAUUCGAAGAACCUCAAAAAGUACAAAACUUGUGUUAGAAGCAAAGUUGCCAAUCUGAAGAACCCCCAAAAUUCUCACUUACAACGGAACUUGCUCUCUGGGACCACGUCUCCGAGAGAAUUCGCCGAAAUGACGGUGCUGGAGAUGGCGAGCAAGGAACUGAAGCAGUUGAGAGCCUCCUACACGGAAUCUGGCAUACAGGAGCAUCGCCUUCCCCACACCACUGAGGGCACACAGACAAAGAAAAUAAAAUGCAGACGCUGUGAGCAGUUCAAUUGCAAGGUCACCGUAAUCGCCAGAGGAACACUUUUCCUGCCAAGUUGGGUGCGGAAUUCAAAUCCAGAUGAAGAGAUGAUGACCUAUGUGAUCUGUAACGAAUGUGGGGAGCAGUGGUAUCAUAGCAAGUGGGUCUGCCUGUGAUGGUAAAUAAAUGUUUUCUUAACCAAGAA